AUGAAAGAAGCCCUCGUCAGCAAAGGCCCUCAGGUCGAAAUAGUUAACACCCCCAUCCCCUCCCUCCCUUCCCCGGACCACAUCCUCAUCCGCGUCGUCGUCACCGGCACCAACCCAAAAGACUGGAAACUCCCCGACCUCUACGAGCAGGACGCACGCACCAACUCAGGCGAUGACAUCGCCGGCAUAGUCCACACCGUCGGUGCCAACGUCUUUGAGUUCAAGCCCGGCGACCGCGUCGCCGCCUUCCACGAGAUGCGCACCCCCCACGGCAGCUUCGCCGAGUACGCCGUCGCCUGGCAGCACACCACCUUCCACAUCCCCAGCAACAUCUCGUUCGAGGAGGCUGCCGCUCUGCCCCUCGCGGCCAUGACCUCUGUUGUGGGGUUGUACGACCGGUUGGGGCUCCCGCAGCCGUGGUCGCCCGAGGUGAGCAGAGACGAGGUGACGGAUAUUCCGCUGCUGAUUUACGGCGCGUCGUCCGCGGUGGGGUUUUACGGGUUGCAGUUUGCGCUGAGGAGCAACAUGCACCCUUUGAUCUGCGUGGCUGGGUCGGCGAAGGAGUAUGUGAGGGGGUUUAUCGAUGAGUCAAAGGGGGAUGUGGUUGUUGAUUACAGGGAUGGACCGGAGGCGACGGUGGAGGGAAUCAAGAGGGCGCUGAAGGGGAGGGAGUUGAAGUAUGCUCUUGAUGCGGUUUCGUUGCCGGAGAGUCUCGACAAUAUUGCCGAGGUGCUGUCGACGGAUGGGGGCCAUGUCACUCUUGUGCUUGGACAUCCGAAGAAGGGGUUGAAGGAGGGGCAAAAGUACAGCGUUACCAUGGUGGGCGAUGUUCAUAACGAUCACAGGGAUUUGGGGUAUGUUUACUUUAGGUAUAUUGCUAGGGGGUUGGCCGAGGGCUGGUUUAAGCCGCAGAGGGUCGAGGUCGUGCCCGGUGGAUUGGGGGGUGUUCGGAAAGCGUUGGAGGACUUGAAGAAGGGGAGGGCGAGUGGAGUCAAGUAUGUGAUGAGGAUUGAGGAGACGGAGGGGUUGGUCAAGGGGGAUAGACAUCACCGUCUUCUCACACACAACUUCACACCAACGCCAACCUUCAACAAAAUUCAAUUCACCACCGCCCUCCUCCUUGCCCUCCAGGCCACCUUCGCCCUCACCAGCUCCGCCCCCGCCCCCGCGGCCGACCUUUCCACCGCCCAACUCGAAGCCGAGUGCGGCAGUCUCCACGCCAACACCUACAACGAGACCGCUCUCCCCUCCGACGUUGAUCCAGCCCAGAUCCGUCACUGCGUCGAAACCCCUCCGGCACCGCCACCGAGGAAAACACCCUCGGCAAACGCGACUGCGUCCCGGGCAGCGCGGCCCAGUACGGCUGCGGCAGGGGCGGGUACUGCUGGAGGCGCUGCGGCGGGAGCGGGGGCUCGUGGUGCUGGCAGGCGGUGAACAACGGCUGAGGUGACUGGAUCAAGUGCACUGCGAACAGCCAGUGUGCUCCGAAAAGCGGGUGGGGGUGUGGUCAGAGCGAGGGGGAUUGUAAUGCUUGCGGGUGCUCUUGCACGGGUGGUUUGCCUUUCUAGAUGAUGAGUUGGCAGAGGAGACGGCUCAGUAGGGGUUGAAUAGGAUAAGGAGACGGGAAAGACAUUGGAAGGUCAAAAGCAACAAUGAUGGAUCGCUUCCAAGGGGUUAAAAGUGGUGUGAACAGUAGCUAGGUACCUAGUUUUGUCUUUCUCUAAUUCAUCACCGACACACAGAAUUGAAAAUUUGGAUAAACAUCGUCGGUG